AUGUGCUGCUGCUCGAAAAAGUACUCCAACACCGCCAAAAAGCUGUGGGCGUUCGGCGGUGUGGUGGCCAUCUUCAUUGCGGCCGCCUUCUUCGGGUUCGGCCUGCCGGCCAUCAUCGAUGCGGUCGCACUGACCGAGUUCCGCAUCAAGGAGGGAGCGCGCGUGUACGAGAACUUCUUCGACGGCGAGGUGCCGAUCUACUUCGACAUCUACGUGUUCGAUUGGACCAACCCGGAGGAGAUCCGCAAUCCGGACGUGCGGCCGAACUUCGUCCAGAAGGGACCGUACGUGUUCUCCGAGCGGCACGAGCGUGGCAUGGUGUCGUUCAACGACAACGAUACGCUCACGUUCAACCAGAAGCGCAUCUGGCACUACGUCCCCGAGCAGUCGAACGGUGACUACUUCAACGAUCGCGUCACGACGCUCAAUCCCAUUCUGGCGACCGUCGGCAAAACGCUGGAAGGCGACCCACUGCUUCCCUUCCUCGAUAACAUCAUUAUGCUCAACAAUCUCGCCACCUUCCUGUACGAGGACGUGCCGGUGCACGAGAUGCUGUUCGAUGGCCAUCCGGAUCUGCUGCUGAGCACGCUGCGCGAUUUACUUGGCGCCCUGCCGCCCGGUACGGUACCGGAUAUCACCCUCCCGCCGUGGGAAGGCUUCGGGUGGUUUGUCGAGCGCAACGAAAGUCUCGAGUACGACGGCACGUUCCAGAUAGGCACGGGUACGGACAACCGGAUCAAUACGGGCGUGAUGCGCCAGUGGAACAACGAGCCGCAGGUGCCCAACUAUCGCGGCGUCUGCGGUCAGGUCCGUGGCUCGGCCGGCGAAGUGUGGCCCCCGAUGGGGCGCAACCUCGGGGAUAACAUCCGCCCGCUCCAUCUGUUCCUCCCGGAUCUGUGCAGUGCCAUCACGCUGCAGCACGAGCGCGAGUUCUCGGUGCACGGACUCGACGGCGAGCUGUGGGUUGGUGAUGCACGCAACUUCGACAACGGCCACACCAUCCCCGAGACGGAAUGUCAGUGUACGGCGCCGGUCGAAGAGUGUCCCGUGUUUCGGCCCGGUGUGAUCGACGUGUCGGAGUGUAAGUUUGGUGCCCCGCUGGUGGUGAGCUAUCCGCACUUCUACCUCGCCCAUCCCAGCUAUCGGAUGGCCGUCGAUGGCAUGAACCCGGAGAAGGGCAAGCACGAGUUCCGCUUUGCGCUGCACCCGUUCUCCGGCAUUCCGAUGACCGUCAACGGUCGCCUCCAGUACAAUAUGCAUCUCAAAGAUUACGGAAUGCAACUGUUCCAAGGUGUGCCAGAUAUAAUCAUUCCGGCGUUCUGGAUCGAACAACGUGUAGUGCUCACGGAGGACAUUGCCGAUGAUCUUAAACUUAUCGAAAACCUCCGGUGGGGUUUCAUCAUCACGGCGUACGUGUUGUGCGGAGUGGGUGCCCUUCUUCUCGGACUGUCCUUAUAUGCCGCCGUUUUUGUGUGGAAAGACUAAUUAAUUCGUAAGCUUGUAUUAACCGUUAGCGGGGUACAUGG